AUGGCUACCUCCAAUCUGAAAUGGCAGCAGAAUUCAACCUGCCGGUGGGAGCGAGACGUUGACGAGGCUGAGGCAUUUUACACAACCAUGGCCAGAAAAUUUGAAGGAUUGUUCGACCAUUUCAACCUACUUCAUGGCUAUCUACUGACUAUUGGACAGGAACUGGCCGGAACGGUGAAGUCGCAAAUCCUCCACGCGCUCCAGGGGGCAUGGAUCUGUCUCCGAUAUGACCAUCCGACUAUUGCAUCAUGGGUUGAAUACGACCACCAUGCCAAAAGAUGCAAGAAGAUCUAUGAGGGAUUUCUCAAGGAUGAAGUCCACCGCGCCCCACCGGCGUGGCUCAAGGAGACCUUCCAAAUCGUUUCUAGCGGCCAGUCGGGACAGGAGUGGUGCAACUCGGACCCUCCGGCACCCAAGUUGCCAACACUCUUCAUCGUUACACGCAACAGUAUACCGGGUGCGGGCUUCACGGCGGACAUUGUGCUUAGGUCACCACACGAUGUGAUUGACGGUAUUGGGUCGCUCCACCUUCUUCAAAAUCUACUCAAAUACGCCGCGCGGGCAUAUGAAGACCCGAGGGCGUUCGCCUUGCCCAUAUUUGGAGACGAGUGGAAGAAUCUCAGCCCACCACUUCGAGUUGCCGCCAAUAUUCCAGCAAACUUAACACCAGAGCAAGAUGCGAAGCUCAAUGAAAUUUUGCAACACAAUGCCAAACUUCGCAAGGAAAUCGACAUUGCUGCAGUCCCAUUCCGGUGUGGUCGUACAAUCCCCGCUCGGCACCAGCGGGUUGCGCUUAGGCUGACCCAGCAAGAAACGUCGAAGGUAAUGGCAGCAUGCAAACAGCUCGGAUCGAGUGUCACCCAUGUUUACCAUGCCGUUGUGGCUUUGCUAGUUUUGGGAUCUCUAGAGCGCCGGGUCACAAGACGAUUAGUUCGGUAUAUCAACUAUUGCCUCAUCAAUGAGCGUGCGCAUUGUCAGAAGCAGUAUAGUACACCCCAGCAUGCUGUCGCAGUCUAUCACUCCGUUUCUGGGAGGAGUUUGGCAAUCGACUGGACUGUUCCCGCGAUAUCAGACGAAGCGAAGAGUGAACAUGAAAGGCGACAUGAUCUUCUGCGUAUAAUCAAGCAGGUCAAAGACCAUUACUUGACUAUCCGCAAUGAUCAAGCACAUAUCGGCCUCGUCCCAUCGUAUUGGGGCCUCUCCACCCCUGCUUACCCUGUCGGGCGCGAGGUUCCACCAGUUCCUCGACCCAACGAAACACCAUCCGCCUCGAUAUCUAGCUUGGGCGUUAUUGACAACAUUAUCUCGCCUAAACAUGGCUUUUUCGAGGUAGACGAUCCCUGGGUGACAGGAGAAGAGUUGGGCACAGGACUGGGGUUAUUUUUGGUGACGUUCCGCGGUCGCAUGUGCCUGAGUGCUGCUUACAAUGACGCGUGGCACGAUAGGGCCGAAGUGAUGGAUUUUCUGAAACGUUGCAAUGAGCUAGUCUUCACCACGUUGGAUGUAUCGCCGCGUGUCGCAUCGAGUGACUGA